AUGUUUACGACAAACACGGUACAAACCGGCACUGUGCCGACACUACAAUAUCAAGAGCAUCCUCAGAAGUCACAGGGCAAAAAUAUCGAAAACGUUCAGCAAAAGAAUGCACAACCUACUCAAUCACAGCAGCAGGAGUUCUCAGCAUUCUGUUAUGCAACCAAUGUAAAUAUGAUUGGUAAGAUAGGUACAAGUGCUGCAAGCGGAACUGGUGGAGUGAACAUAACUCAGCUUACAACAAGUGAUGACAAAACAUGUUAUAUAGCUCAACCGUUCUCAUAUGCAAAUUAUGCCCUCGUUAACCAGAUGCAAAUUGCUCCAAAUGGGAUACAAAAUACAAUAUCAAAUAUCAGUUUUAAAUGUGAUGUCUGUGGUCUCAUGUUUGGACACCUGACUCUACUUAAUGCUCACAAAAGGAUACAUGCUCAGGAUACAGAUAGCAAUAUAACUGUGGUAGCCACAGGCGUAGGUACUGGUAAUGAUGUUGCCAUGCCUCCACAUAUUCAGAUACUUUCAUCUGAUCACAAUGAGCAGCAACAACAUCAUGUACAAAUUCAAGACACUAAACCAGUGAUAAUAGACAAAAUCCAGAAAUGUAUCACUUGUGGUGGUCCCAUUGCAAACAACCCAAAGAGAAAAGGACCUAAACUAAUACGUUGCGAAAAUUGUAUCGCACAAGAUUCUGUAGACCAGAGAAACAAUCAAAUGAAUGCUACACAUGUAUUUGUUGCAUCAGAAGAUAAUUUAAAAUUUGAAGUGAGUGAAGUCAGGAAUGUGCAACCAGCGGCAGAUCCUCUGUCUACAACACAGACUAAUACACAGAACCAGCAACCACAAAAACCCUUACCUGGACAUCAUCCUGUGAAGAGGAGAAAUUUAGCAUCAGUAACAAAAUGUCAGAACUGUAAUGGUUCAGGCAUUAUCUUUGUAGGUAGCAAUAAGAAUAAAUUGAAUCAAUCAAACGCAGACAAACCAUUUCACUGUAAUAUAUGUGGAGGGUCUUUUGCAAGAUAUUCAUCAUUAUGGUCACACAAGAAGUUACAUUCAGGUGAAAAGAAUUUUAAAUGUGGCAUCUGUGGGAUUGCAUUUGCGAAAGCUGUAUACCUCAAGAAUCAUUCUAGAAUACACACAGGAGAAAAACCAUACAGAUGUAACACAUGUGGUAUGCAGUUUUCUCAAUCUCCACAUUUAAAGAACCAUGAAAGAACACAUUCAGGGGAGAAACCAUAUGUUUGUGAAGUGUGUGACAAGGGCUUUGCAAGGCACGCGACAUUAUGGAAUCAUCGCCGUAUUCACACUGGGGAGAAGCCUUACAAGUGUGAGACAUGCGGAUCGGCCUUCAGUCAAGCGGCUCACCUUAAGAACCACGCUAAAGUGCACUCCGGAGAGAAGCCGUUCAAAUGCGACAUUUGCACGGCCGCAUUUGCUGAUCGCUUUGCCCUGAAACGGCAUCGGGGGAUUCAUGAUAAAUAUGGACAAACGGCGCCUUUGCCCUGUAGAGUACAGUUAAACCAACAAGAGCAACAACAACAAACGCAACAGCAAAGCACUGAGCAACAAAACACGCAGCCUGCCGUGGAGGUGGAACACCACACUGAACAAACACUUUGA